AAAGACUCAAUAUUAAAUACAUUUGGGGAUAUUUAGUUUCUUUUUAUUUAUCAUUUAAUUAACUUUUUGAAAUGUUAGUCUUACUAUAUUAAGUUAAAUAAAAAUAUUAAAAACGGUAAUAUAUACCUAAAUAAGAGGAAAAGAGCAAUGAAAGAAAUAAAAAGAGCUGAAUCACUAAAUAAAGAUAUGAUAAAAAAAUAAGAAUACAAAAGUAUUAAUUCCUAACUUGACAUUAUUGAAAAGUUAAUAGAAUAUAUUAAGAUCAAUAUUGAUAAAGACAUUUUAUCAAAAGAUGCAUAGGGUGUUAUUGAAUAUUCAAAUAAAGCUAUGUCAAGUCUAAAUAGUUACAAAAUCUAGAUAAAGCAAGCUUAAAAAAUUAAAGAUAAAGAUUCAGUUUUAUCUUUAAAGAACUCAUCUUCUAAAUAUAAUUGUAAGAAAAUGUGCUAAGAAGAGCAAUUAAUUAUGAAAGGUAUCUUAAAAAAUUAUUAAUUCGUUUUAAAAAACUAUUAAAAAAGCCCUUUACAAAUAUGCUAGAAUUUAUUGUCAUAACAACCGUUGAGCUAUUCAAAAAGCAAUAAAAACUAGCUUUAAAGUAAUGUUCAAAACAAACAAAAAUCACUUGUUGAAAUUUAUUCUCAAACUUAAAAAUAAACUCUGCUUAAUCUGAUUUAAAAGAAGGAUUAUAAAAAAUUUAAAUCUACAUUGAUUAAAUUUGCUUACAAAAAAAAUAAUAUUUAGAAAUUAGAAGUUAAUAAUAGUUUAAAAGUUUGUAAAUCAAUUUUUCAACAGAAUAGUUUUUCUGCAGAACUAAUCUCUAGCUUAAAAGGAUAAACAAAUACACUACCUUUUGGUUAGCUAAUAGAAAAUCAAACAAAUAGUAAUGAAAGCCAUAGCAGCUCACACUAAAUUCACUUUAAUCUAAAAUAAAUGAAAUAAUAAUUUAAAACAAUUUAGAGUUUUAACAGUUGUUAAGAAAAUAGCUGUCUCAAAAGUUAAUUUAGACACAAUGAUGAAAACAGAAUAUUAGGAGGAGGAUCAUGCUUUUCUAAAGGUUAAGCUAAUUAAGUAAACCCUAUUAGCAAAUUUGAUAAAUAGCUGAAUGAAAAUUAAAUACAAACUUUAAAAUAAGAUCCAAAUUUCAAGUAAGAUCUUCAAACAGAACAAAUUAAAUUAUAAGACAAAGACACUUAGCCAAAAAAGAAAUAAGCUAAUAAGCGUUAAAAUAAUUUCGAUUCUCAUUAUGAAGCCUAUUUUACCAAUGAAUAUGUUGACGACGAAGAAAUAGAAACUCAUAUAAGGCUUUUGAUUCAAGAUACAAUUUAUCGCUUUAGAGAGUAAAUAGUAUAAAUGCAAAUUAGAUAUAAAGUUGUUGAUUUGAUUAACUUAAUAAUCAAUUACCUAUUGAUUGUUAUUUAAAAGAAAUUCAAUCAAAGCUUACAGGAAGAUGUAGAUGAAGUUGAAAAAGAAUUAAAAAAACUGUAAAAAUAUUGUAAAGAAAACAGAAAAAGGUAUCCUUGCUUAGAUCUGUAUUAAUAUAUAGAAAUUUUAAUUUCCCUCAACUAAUAGAGGAUUGGUUUAGACAAGGCUAAUUAAAGUACUAUCAGUAAAAUAGCAGAAAAAAUUAUUUAAGUUGCUAAAUUUGGUGCUGGUUUUGUAAGUAUUGCAGGCGCUGUCUAGAAUUUAACUAGCAUUAAUUUCGAUGACAUCAAAAAAAUGAUGAAUGAAGUCAAAUAAAUAUUUGCUUAGAUCACUUCGAAGUCAAAUAUGGAGCAAGGAUAGAUAGGUGCAGAAGCAUACACUAAUUACAAUAGAGGUAAACUAUCUAAUAAGAUAUGUGCUUUGUGGUUUAGAAAAGUUUAAGCGAUUGGAGAUGAUGUUUUAGAUACUUAAAAAGAAAUUAUUUUUUAUUUAGAGGAAACAUCCAACAUGUAGGAUAAAGAUAACUAAGAAAUAAUUCUUUUCGUAUACAUGCAAUUAAAUUAUUUGUUGACUAAGCUUUAAAAAAGAGAUAACCUCUAAGGGUUUUCCAAAGUUCUCAAAGAACUAGGCAAGUAAAAGCUAAUAAUUAACUUUGCAAAUUAGCUAUAACUCAAGGAAUACUCUAAUGGGAUCAUAGAUUACAUUAAAAAUCUUGCUAGUUUGAUAGUUACUAAAGAACAGUUUAGAUACUUAAAAGCUUCUAUACUGCUACACUUUGCUUAAAUCAUCGAAAACUUUUAAAAUGAAAAGCAGCAAUAUCACUAAAUCAUGAUUGGUCUCUGCAUAGAUUACUUACAAGAAAAAUAAAUUUAAGUAAAAAUUGUGUAUAAAGGAAAUUUAAAAAUGAUUUAAUUCAUUCACAAUAUAGAUAAAUAUUAUCAAGAGGUUGUUGAAGAAUCAAAACAAUCCAAAAAGAAAUUAAGUAUCCUUGUCAACAACGAGGAGUAAGUUAACAAUAUUGUGAACAGUAUAGAAAAAGAAGAAGAUAUACCUAAAUUAUUAGCAAUAAGUUUUGUUUAAAUGUGGGAAGUCAGUGUCAAAUAGAGAUAAGACUAGCAUAAAAUAGCUCACAAAGAUGAUGCAUUGCUUGAAGCAAUCAAUUUGUACAUAAAGUAACAAGUUAUUUACCAAGAUGGUAAUAAAAAAUUUAAUGAAUAAAGCAGUAGUAAAAAAGAAGAGAAAGAUGCUGUAAAGUAGAUAAUUGAUCUAUUCCUUAUACCAAAUUUUGUACAGCCUUCAACAAAUAACCAGGUGUAAUAAAAUUAAUCAUAGCUGUAAAAAGUUGAUAAUGGUUCAUGCAAAAUUUUAUCAAUAUUAGCCGAAGGAGGAUCUGGAAAAUCAAUGCUUUUAAAAAAAAUUGAGGUCGAGUUAUUAAAGAGUGAUUCAGAAUACAUUUAAGAUGAAAGAGCCGAGUAUAUUCCACUUAUAAUCAAAUGUAAUUCUUUAGAUAUAAAAUAGCCUUCUAUUGAAAAAUUCUUAGAGUCUCAAAACUUAAAAAGUAAUGAGAUUGAAAUAUUAAAAAAAUCUGAACGUAAUAAGUUAUUAAUGUUAGAUGGCUACGAUGAAUACACAGGAAACUACUUUAAGGUUUUCUAAGAGCUGAAAAUAUAUGAGUGGGUAAACACAAUAGUUAUUGUCACUUCUAGAUUAGAAAAGAUAUCUGUUUCUGAUGCAAAAAUAUACUUCAACUAUUAUGAUGAGAAAGGAAGAUAAGGAGAUAAUGAUUCUUUUGCUAUUUUAAAGCUUGAAAAAAUCACAAACUCUGAUAUCGAAUUCUAUUUAGAAAAGUUUAAAACGCAAAAUAUGAAAGAUAAUUAAAAAAAUUUUAACACUGAUUAGUAUGAUAAAUUCCAGAAAAUUGUUUUUGAAAAUAAGAAAUUUAUCUAAUUACUUAAAUUGCCAAUUAACUUAUACCUCACAACUAGAAUGAUUCUUGACCUAGAUCUCAAUGACUAAAAUAUAUUAGAUAUUUUUAAAACCGCCACAGAUUAAAUAGAAAUUUAAGAAUUGUUUUUCUAACAGCAAUUCAAAAAAUAUUCGGAAAUGUUUAUUUAGUAGCUCAAUUUAAAAUGUGAAGAAAAUUCAGAUUUAAUAAAUCAACUUUAAUUAUCUCAUUUUGAGUAUUUCUAAACAAUUGCUAUGCACAUGUUCAAAUAAAAAGGAAUUAAACCAAACUUUUUAUCUACUACGAGAGAAUCUAUCAAUUUCACUCUACGAAAUGAAACUUUAAGUUGUUUAUAAAGGAAUAAAAUAAAAAAAGAGCAGCUUAUUGAACAUUUAAACAAUUAUAUAGAUUCUAGAGUUAUAACGAGAAUAUAGCUGAUCUUAGAUGAAGACAAUCAAAUUGAUUAGCUUGAUGGAAAUAAAUCCAAGCAAAAAUAAAAUUAAUCUUAAAAAAAUUAGGCAGAUAACUUAUCCUCUGAAUUUGAAUUUAGGCACAAAUCUAUUUUCGAAUAUUUUGCAGCUAGAGCGAUGAAGUUUGAUUUUGACAUACAUAAAGAAAAUAUUCACAAGCUAUCUAUGGAAGAGCUUUAAAAGUUUAGUAUAAAUCAAAAAACAAUUAUGAAUAGGGGAUACAACCAAUCAGAAUAACAAAUUCUAUUAAAACUUUUCAAAUUAAUUAAUUAUGACAAAAAUAAUUGCGAUUUCAAAAAAUCUUAUGAGUCUAAUGAAAUCGAAAAAAAUAACAGAUACUUUUAAUAUAUAAGAAGGUCUCAUAUUGAAAAGUUUGACCAAAAAAGUUUAAUUGAUACAGGAUCGUCUAAUUUACUUUCUGCUAUUUUUAUUUCAAAUUUUUCCUUUCAUAAUUUGGUGCUUAGUCAAUGCUCUCUUUCUACACUUUACAAUUAAAAUAAUAGAUAUUACAAAAUUAUUUUUGAUUAGUGCAAUUUAAAUCAUGCACUAUUAAAAAAUAUUUAAAGUGUUUCAAUUGAAUCUUCAUUUAUUGAGUAAGCUAAUUUCGAUGCUAAUUAAGAAGUCUUUUCUACAGAUAACAUUUUUAAUGUUAAUAAAAUUAUCUUUCAAGGAAACACACUUAUUACAGUUAGCAACCAAGGAUAUAUCUCUAAAUUUAAAAUAGGAAGCAGUGAAUAAAAGCAAUUCAAUUUGGAAUAGACUAAAAGAAUUACUAAAUCACCUUUAAAUCAAUUAAAGAUAUGUUCUAGCGAUCAAGUAGCCGUUACAGCAAAGGCAACAUUGUUUUUGGUAAACUCAAAAGAUCUUUAAAUUCACAAAAUUAAAAGAUUUUAAGAAUUUGUUACAAAUUUAGAUGUUGAAAAUAACUCAAUUGUUAUUUAAUUAUAGAAUAAUAAAAACUAUUUUGGAAAUUUAAAUUUAGAUUUCAAAGAAAUAUCUAUUAUUGGUACAAAUGCAAAAUUAUCCAGAAAAGCUAACAUAUUGAUUACUUAUCACGACUAUUCGUUAAUAGUUUAUAAUAAAACAAAUGAAGAAUUUAUUAAAUCUUAAGAAAUCAAUACUGCUAGCAUAACACUAUUUAUAUUUUCUCCAAACGAUAAAUACUUCAUAACAAUUAAUGAUUAAAAAGAUUGUACAGUAUUUGAUCUUGAGAAGAAUUUCGAUUUAAUCAAAAUUAUUAAUGAUCAUAAUCGUUAGAUUACUUCAGUUUCUUUUUCUGAUAAUGGUAAAUACAUGGCUACUGGCUCUAGGGAUUAAACUUGCAAGAUUUGGAAUACAGAGUAGGACUUUUAACUUGUUAAAACGAUAUUAGGACACGAAGAAACUAUUGAGUAAGUAGCUUUUUCUUGGGAUAAUAAAUAUCUAGCAACAAGUUCUGAAGAUAAAGUUUGCAAAAUAUGGGAUUUAGAAAAAUAAUUUGAAAUAAUUAAUUCCUUACAAGGUCAUUCAGCACCUGUGAAGUCUGUUACUUUUUCUCCAAAUUGUAAAUAUCUUGCAACUGGCUCUGAUGAUAACACUUGCAGAAUAUGGGAUGUAGAUAAAAACUUCUAAUUAGUCUAUACAAUUAAAGAACAUACCCACUAUGUUGAUUCAGUUACAUUUUCACCAGAUGGUAAAUAUCUCGCUACUGGCUCUUAUGAUAAGACAUGCAGGGUAUGGAGUGUUGAAAAAGGUUUUUAAUUAGUGAAAAAUAUUGAUUCUAAUAAUUUUUAGUUGACUUCAAUAGCUUUCUCUGCUGAUAGUAAAUACUUGGCAACUGCCUGCUGGGAUAAUUUUUUGAAGAUUUGGAAUGUGCAUAAAGAUUUUGAGAUUAUCACUUCAAUUAAUAUUAGAAGCAGUUUGGUUUCAGUUUCUUUUUCCAUAGAUAAUAAAUAUGUGGUAGCAAGUAUGUAUGGUAGUUGCAUAGUAUAUGAUUUGUUGUCUAAUUUUAAUGAAGUCAAUUAAUUCAAAUGCCAUGAAGAAAUAAUAAAGUAAAUUACUUUUUCUAAAGACGGCAAAUACAUGGCAACGGCAGCUAAUGAUAAUACUUGCAAAGUAUGGGAUGUACAGAAAAAUUUCGAGCUUGUAACUACAUUACAAGGUCAUAUAAGCUCUGUGUAUUCAGUAUCUUUUUCAGCUGACAGCAAAUUUAUAGCAACAGGUUCUUAGGACAAAACUUGUAAAAUAUGGAAUAUCGAUAAGGGUUUUGAGCUUGUCGAUACAAUACAAGGUCAUUUUGAACAUAUAAAUUCUGUUUCUUUUUCUUCAAAUGGUAGGUUUAUAGCAACAGGCUCGCAUGAUAAAACUUGUAAAAUCUGGAAUCUAGGAUAAGGUUUUGAAAUAAUAAAUGCUAUACAAAGCCACACUGAAAAAAUAAAAUGUGCUGCUUUUUCUAAGGAUUGUAGAUAUCUUGCUACUAGUUCUGAUAAUACUUGCAUUUGGGAUGUAGAAAAAGACUUUGAGCUUAUCCAUGUUAUAAGAGAUCAUACAAAUACUGUAACUUCAGUUGCAUUUUCUUUUGAUGGUAAAUAUUUAGCUACUGGUUCUGAAGAUAACACCUGCAAAAUAUGGAGCACUGAAAAGGGUUUUGAAAUAGUAAAGACAAUCAAAGAUCAUACUAGUUAUAUUUGUUCAGUAGCUUUCUCUUCAAAUAAUAAAUAUCUAGCAACUGGCUCUGUAGAUAGCACUUGCAAGAUAUGGAAUGCAUAGAAUACUUUUGAAAUGAUUAAAACACUGGAAGGCCAUACUAGAUAUGUAAAUUCUGUUGCAUUCUCUCCAAAUAGUAAGUUUUUAGCAACUGGUUCUGAGGAUGAAACAUGCAAAAUAUGGAAUACAGAAAAAAGUUUUGAGCUUUUAAUUACUAUAAAAGCUCAUAAUAGAGAAAUAAAAUCAGUUACCUUUUCUCCUGAUGGUAAAUACUUAGCAACUAGUUCUGAAGAUAAUACUUGCAAAAUUUGGGAUGCAUUAAAAGACUUUGAAUUAAUCUAAAUAAUAAGAGGUCAUACUAAACAAGUGAAUUCUAUUGCUUUUUCAACUGAUAGCAAAUAGCUCACUACUGGUUCUGAAGAUAAAACUUGCAAGAUAUGGAGUACAGAAAACAAUUUUGAACUAAUGAAUUAAAUGGAAUGUUUUGCAGAAACAGUUUCAAGUAUUGCAUUUUCUUCAGAUGGUAAAUUUUUGUGUGUUGGUUCAUAAGGAUGCAAUAUUAUGCAAUAGCUUAAUUGUUAAUAUACCAUUUGAACAUUAUUAUAAAUAUUAAACUAAAUAUUAUAAAUUUGUUUGAUCUUAUUAAUAUUUUUUAGUAAGUUAUUAUUCAGAAUUUAUAUUUUAUAUAUCGUAUGUACUUAAAACAGACAGUGCACUAUACA